AUGACGCACGAGACGUGUAAAUUCUUCCUCGUCGGUGCCUGUCGCAACGGCGCGCGGUGUCGGUUCGCCCACGACGACGGAGGGUCGGACGUCGCGAGCGCGCGCGUGGACGGUGGGCAUUCUCGCGAGCGGUGUAAAUUCUUCGCGAGCGCGAACGGGUGCACGUUCGGUGAUCGGUGUCGAUACGCGCACGACGAUGGGCGUGGGAACGAUCGGGGGGGGGGGAUGCGAGCGAACGCGGCGGCGUACGCGCCGAUGGGGGGGAUCGGGACCGCGGGGGGGACGACGGGUUGGCGCGGCGGGCGCGGCGCGGGACGGGACGGGGCGAACGCGGGACCGAUGGACGACGGAGAGGAGGAGUGGGGGUACGUGGACGAACACGGGAACUGGGUGUCGUUUGAUGACGAAGGUGACGGGGCGCGGGAGUUUUUGGCGGCGCAGUUACCGGAUGAGGAUGAUCUCUUGGGACUCACGAGCGAGACGCCGGGGGAGCCGGAUGGGGGCGACGCGUGGGGGUUCUACGACGAAAAUGGACAGUUCGUCGAGCUCUCGGGCGAAGCGGGGGCGUAUCUGCAGACCCAGGAGCACUCGGGCACGAUGAACGAUGAUGAAGCGUUCGACAACAUCGAUGAUGUCGCUCUCGAGGAGCUCUCGAUCGGGGGAGACGAAGAGGAUGAGCGCGUCGCGGCGUCCGCCAAUCUGGAAUGCGCCGUGUGUUUAGAGGUGGUUGCCCAACGCCCUCGCUUGGCCGACCGACGAUUCGGUUUGCUCAACGCGUGCGAUCACAUAUUCUGCCUGGGAUGUAUUCGCGGAUGGCGACAGGGUGGCACGCAGCGCGGCUCCGAGGCGUCGGCGUCGUCGAAUGAACAGGCGCGUAUGUGUCCAAUCUGCCGCGUGACGUCCCAUUUCAUCACGCCCGCGACGACGUGGCCACGCAACGCGGAUGAGAAGAAGGAGAUGACGGAGGCGUAUCUCGCGCGCAUGAAGAAGAUUCCGUGCCGUUUCUUUGAUGGUGGCGACGGUACGUGCCCGUUCGGGACGUCGUGCUUUUACGAGCAUCGGUACAGGGCGACCGGGGAACUGGAGGAGAGCAACGUGAGAAAGAGCACCGCCGCGGAUGGUAGUCUGAACAUCAUCACCCCCGUUCGAUUGAGCGAUUUCCUUCAGACAUCGAGACGACUGCGAUGA